CCCGGAAGUAUGAUGCUACGCUAGCUCUUGGUGUCGAAUGUGCGGACAUAUUCGGUCACUGUCGGUAGAUUCAGUCAGCUCUCCGCUCCUCGGUACAUUCACCAGUCAGUUUGUGUCCGUUAUUGUUACCGGUCUCCUCUUCCUCUCUGUUCCAGUCGGCAGCGGUGAUCUUUAAAUGGCGGCUGUUUACGGUUUCAGCAGCCUGGAGCCUUAAAACAGUUCCUGUAAGAUCACCAUGUAGACUGGUGGAUGGACAGUUGUGAAUCAGAGAGCAGACAGUAGCAGUCUGAAACAUUUACAGUCAGAAUCGGCAACAGUCAGAAUCAGAAACAGAGUCAGAAUCAGCAACAGUCAGAAUCAGCAACAGUCAGAAUCAGAAACAGUCAGAAUCAGAAACAGAGUCAGAAUCAGAAACAGUCAGAAUCAGCAACGGUCAGAAUCAGAAACAGUCAGAAUCAGAAACAGUCAGAAUCAGAAACAGAGUCAGAAUCAGCAACGGUCAGAAUCAGCAACAGUCAGAAUCAGCAACAGUCAGAAUCAGAAACAGAGUCAGAAUCAGAAACAGAGUCAGAAUCAGCAACGGUCAGAAUCAGAAACAGUCAGAAUCAGAAACAGUCAGAAUCAGAAACGGUCAGAAUCAGAAACAGUCAGAAUCAGCAACAGUCAGAAACAGAGUCAGAAUCAGCAACAGUCAGAAUCAGAAACAGAGUCAGAAUCAGCAACAGUCAGAAACAGAAACAGUCAGAAUCAGAAACAGUCAGAAACAGUAACUGGUCAUAAACAGUCAGUAACCAGUCUCACAGUGUCAGGGUGGCUCUGGUGUCGUCCUGGUGGAGGAGCAGGCUGAUGGAGAGCGACUGUCGGAUCCCUGUGGCGUGUUGUAGGCCUCGAGUACUUGUCCUCCACGCUCUGUUCUGGGGCCUCGUCUCCCUCAGGGUGUUUGGCGCCGCCCUGCUGAGUGAAGAAAAAACUACAGCAGUGAAACAGGUGGUCGCCCCCUGCUGGCUGCUGGAGGAGUUUGUAGUGACGGUGGAGUGUUCGCCGUGUAACGCCUUCCAGACCAGGUCGUGGUCGUCGUGCACGCUGACGGGAUACGUGGAGAGAGUCAACUGCACCAAAACCAACAGAGACGAGUACAAGAGCUGUCGCUCCGCAGUGAUGGAAGAACAUCUCUUCUGGAAGUUCGAGGCAGCCAUGUUGGCUCUGACGGCCAUCUUUGCCAUCCUGGUGGUCGUCCGUCAACGCUGGCUCGACCGCCUGGCCUCUGAGAAGGUCCGCCGCCAGAUCGAGUCCAUCUAGGUAACCAGACGCACCUGGACCCGAACCCAGAUCUGGACCUUGUUUUUAUCCUGCUGCAGUUUUUUAAGGACUGGAUAAGUCGAUCUGCACUCAGAGAUCCAUCAGGGAUCAGGACUGAAGAGGACCCUGCAGAGAACUGGACUGUUUGUGUCAUCCUCAAAUUUAUUUAAUCAAAAACUUUUCUGAUUGAUCUGACAAAAUGUAGCAGGCGUUAAAAUGGACAUGGCGUUUGAGAUUGACGCUGUCCCUGCUGAAGACGAUGAUGAAAGACAGAUCUUGUGUUUUCCCUCCGUAUUUUCUUGCUAAAUGUUUGAUUCAGCAACAUACGAUCAAAUGUUGAAGUGUCUUUGAACGUUACGCCACCUCCUUUCCUCAGAUAUUUUAUUAUCAAUUUUAGGGUCGGACUGUUAAACAUGUUUAAUUUUGUUUUUCUGUGAAGUUUUUGACUCAAUAAACUGAUGAGAAACAGUUUUCAAAAAAAUA